CUGCCAAAUGUUGUCACUGGGUGGCUGUGACAGCGAGAGAACAUGCCAGAGGGAAACCAAUAGCAGCUUGGGAAUUCUCAACACUUUGUCAUGGGCCCUCGGGGGUCGAGCAAGUGCCACCGCUACUAGUCAAGCAGUAGAGGAGGGAAGACAGACGAGUGGAAGCAACACUUACACAAGCAGAAGCCUUCUUAUAAGCAACAGGACACAGUCCACGGUCCAAAAGCAAAUUUUCAGCGUGGGUUUCUUCACGAGCGAGCAGAGGAACAAGAGCAUCCGCUGUCAGUCGACCUCGUAGGGCCAGCAAGAUGAAGAGACCUCACGACUUCAGCUCAGAGUCGGACACAGACGAGCUGAUUGAUGUGGGACAAGAGGACGGCUACUGCCCAGUCACCGGCUCCAUGUCCCCUGGCAGUGCAUCACAGAUUCUGGCCCGAAAGAAGAGAAGAGGGAUCAUUGAGAAGAGGCGCAGGGACCGGAUCAACCACAGUCUGUCGGAGCUAAGGAGGCUGGUGCCAAGUGCUUUUGAGAAACAGGGCUCUUCAAAGUUGGAGAAAGCUGAGAUUCUGCAAAUGACUGUCGAUCACCUCAAACUUCUUCAUGCUAUGGGAGGGAAAGGAUACUUUGACGCGAGGGCUCUGGCAGUGGAUUACAGGACUCUGGGCUUCAGGGAGUGCGUUGGAGAGGUGGUCCGGUACCUCAGCUCCCUUGAAGGAGAGUCUCCGGACCCAAUCGGCACCCGCCUGGUCACCCAUCUUUCUCACUGUGCAAGCGAGCUGGACCCGUUGAUUCUUCAGUCGCCCCCAACCUCCGCUUUGCCCUUCCCUCCUUGGCCCUGGAUGUCCUUCCCCCAGAUGUCCGCCUGCCUGCCAGCCUCAUCCUCACCGCCGUUCCCCACCGGACGAAGGGAACUCGCCUUGAUGGGGAGCUACCCGCCGGCCGCAACCCUCCGCCUCGCACCCCUGGCUGGCUGCCAGCGGGGGGUGCCGCCCCUCCUUGCCCCCACGGCUCUAGCUGCAGUUCACAGGCUGCCAUCCCCCGCGGUGGACCCGAGGCCGACGCAGGCGUCCCCUCGCGGCACCUCCAGGAACUCGCCUCUUCCUCCCGCCCCUUCCUCUUCCUCUCCAACUACCGGACCACCGCUUGUCUCUUUCAGACCGUUUGCACCUCUGGCUUCUUCCGCAAUCCAGCGUAGGGGCUUGAGUGGAUCAGCCAAGUCGGCCCAAGGAUGGGCGACUGAAAUUGGAGCUUUUUGAGAACAAUUUUUUUGUAAACCCAAAUGAACUGUGCAAGGGAUACAAAGCUCCCUUGUAAAUGAUGCAAGCGAAUAAUGAAAAUUUAAGGACUGUCUCUUUUUUAAAGGACUCUACAAGCCAUAUCAGACUGAAUGUUUCUGAUAAUCACAAAGUGUCAAGGAACAAUGAAGACAACAUUUGUGUGCAAAUGGAUGAUUUGGAUUAUCAAAUAGACUAAUGUCCAACAGAGCCAUAUGUGUAUGUUUAACAGAAAGCAAUGAUUUCUCAGCUGUGAUGUUUGUAGUUGUUUCCAAAUCAAUUAUACAUGAGAUAAUUGCUUAU